AUGUCUGUGGUGAAGUCUAUCGAGUUAGUGCUGCCCAAGGAUGCAAUCUACCUGGCUGGCUCCAGCAUAAAAGGGGAGGUGGUCUUAACCCUGAACAGCACACUUGUGGACCCCAUAGUGAAGGUGGAGCUCGUGGGAAGGGGUUACGUGGAGUGGAAUGAAGAAACCGGGGCAUCCCGUGAUUAUAGCAGAGAUGUUAUUUGCAACAACAAGGCUGACUACGUGCAUAAGACAAAGACGUUCCCAGUGGAGGAUAAUUGGUUAAGUGCAGGCAGCCACACCUUUGACUUCCAUUUCAACUUACCUCCCAGGCUUCUUUCUACGUUCACCAGCAAGAUGGGCCACGUCUCCUAUUUUCUGCAAGCUUCCUGCAUGGGUCGAGAGCGCAUCCUAGCCAAGAAGCGAAUGUACUUGUUGGUUCAAGGGACUUCAAACUUCAAAGAAAAACCAGUGCAGAAUCCCCUGUUCGUGCAAACUGAGAAGAAGGUGUCCUAUAACUGCUGUAGUCAAGGAACCAUCUGCCUACAAAUCCAGAUGGAGAAGAACAUCUUCAUGCCAGGGGAGAGGAUCGUUUUCACCACAGAAAUCAACAAUCAGACCAGCAAGUGCAUCAAGACCGUCAUCUCCGCCCUCUAUGCCCACGUGCUGUACAAGGGCUUCACGCCCAACGCUGAGCAGCGGUCUCGAGUGGACAGCAGCGAGCUGCUGCGGCAGGAAGCCAACACCCAGAUCACACCCUUCAACACCACCAAGAUCGUCAGCGCCUUCAACCUCCCUCAGGUGCUGUCCGUCAGCAGCAGCACAACAGAUUGCGAGAUCAUGAGCACUCACUACGAGCUGGUCAGCACCGUCCACCUACCCUGGUCCCUCACCAGCGUGAAGGCCAAGGCCCCCAUUAUCAUCAUCAGUGCCCCAGUGGAUCAGACCACUGCCCUCUGCCAGGGGAGGGCGUGUUAACCUGUGAGCCAGAAUCUGCAGAGUUAA